AUGGACGGUUUAUUGAGCAAGAAUGCAACCGCCGCGGAUGAGCCAACAGAAAUCAACGAAGCUGCCUCGCAAACUGAGGGUAACUCUGUGAUAAGCGGCAACUUUCCGUUCUCAAUAAGUGGACAGACAUCAGUAUUAAGAAUUUCUACAGAUAUUCAAACUACACUACAGCGAGAAAUUAUGAAGCAGAAAUUUUAUGGUCUACGUCGUAGAAAUGAAAUAAAAUCCACCCCGAAGCAAAAGAAUGUUGGAAAUAUUUAA